GUCUAGUCUAUCUAAUUUUUUCGAUUCCUUUCGUUUUUUCAAAUUUUUUCCAGUUUUAUUAGUUCUUAGUUUCUUCAAACUUCUCCCAACCAUCAAACUCUUUCUCAUUCUCGCGAAGCUGGGGGUACCGGAUUCGACCAGGCUUUAUCUUAUUUCUGGACAGAGCUGAAAGAUGGUCGGCGCUUCGCCGGAGACGGAACCACAUCAAGGCAGCGCAACAAGCAUAACGGACCUGGACGCCGACACGUUGGCUAAUUGCGCCAGCUUCCUUUGCCUCGAAGACGUUGUGAGCAUGGCAAUGUCCAGUAAACAACUCCAAGCAGCAGCUUAUUCAGACCAUACAUGGAAUUCAUUAUUCAGAAAGAGGUGGCCCUUACUCGUCCCUUCCGGAUUUCCUCACCAAUUGGGCGCAAGAGAGGCUUAUUUAAGCCGUCUUGCAUAUUCGCAUCAGUUAGUGUUCAGAAACCCUAGCAGCGCAGCAUUAAUGACUGAGACGACACCGCAUGAUAUUUUACUGAUGGACGAGAAUGAUAUAGUUUUGUCGAAGGGCUCUGUGGUUAGAUUUUACAGGAAUUGUCAUCUUUAUGAAGAAACUAAACUCAGUGGUCACGAGGCUAGAAUUUCAUGUAUGAGAUUUUUUCCUAUCGAUGAAACACCUUUUCUGCUAAGCAAGGAUCAAGGGAAUGAUAGCUUUUUGGUAACCGCAAGCCUUGAUCAUUCAAUUCGGAUAUGGCAUCAGGAUCGUUGCUUACACAGUUUGAGAGGUCAUAAUGGUCCGGUUUCUACACUCUCUGAUCGAUUACUGGGUAGUUCCCCUGGAAAAUUGAUUGCCAGUGGGGGUGAAGAUGGUACGGUUCGACUAUGGUCUGUUGAACCUGGCGGAAAGCAUGGCCAGAGUGCUUUGAAAGCAACACUACAUGGUCAUGACAAGUCCGUUGUUCUUUUGUCCGUGGCCAGGCACAUAACAUCCCUUCUAGUGAGCAUCUCUGAGAACUCCAAGGUGAUGGUUUGGGAUGCUACUACGUCAUCAUCUCAACUUAAAUCUUCUUCUUUGGUUGGGAAGGCUACUGUCCCUGGUACUCCUGUGGGCAUGAAAUGCCACGAAUCACUGGUCUACGUUGCUGCAGGGUCGUCUGUGGUUGGAAUUGAUUUAAGAACCAUGCAUAAUGUAUUAACAUUAAAGCUUGACGAAGACGUACAUUCUUUUCAAAUGUUGCCUCACAAUUCCUUCAUCUGCACAGGCCUAACUUCCAGGGCAAUGCUUUGGGAUGUCAGGAAAUCCAGUGACCUGCAGGAAAUGGCCGAAAAUGUAGCCGAGAUGAAGGGACCCGCGGGCAAAAUUACUCUCUUACAUAUGGACUCAUACAAAAUAGUGACAGGUGGGUAUGAAGAGGGGUGUGUGAACGUGUGGGAGACGGGAACGGGCAAACAAACGAAUUCCCUGAAUGGUUGUUGCCAUUGUCUUUCCAUGGCUGCUCAUGACAGUCGGAUCGCUAUGACCUCUGGCGAUUGUGAUUAUGGAGAUCCAAGUCAGUUGCGCGUCAUGCACUUUCGUAAUGCCCGUUCUCGUUGUCUCUCGUUUGAGGCCACUCCUUCCUCUGAAUGAAGAAGAACCAACCCGAUGGCGAACGAGUUCCCUGAGUUAUUUUUGCCAUUGUUUUAGUAUGGUCUAGUUAAUACAGAGUACUUUUUACAGAAGCAGUUUAUACUCCUCUCAGCCCCCUAAAAAGAAGCUUUUGGUACGAGUUACGAUGUUUGGCUGAAAUAAUUUUCCAAUUUAGUUUUUUUGAAACUUCGUGUAGACUUAAGUUGUAGUUUCGUUUGUAAAUAAACUGUGCUAGUAGAA